AUGAACCAUGCAUUCGACCAAUUUCUCCUGAUUGCUUGUAUUGUGGUUGUGCUGGUGCUGCUGCUUCACUUCUUCUACCUGAAUCGCAUUCUUGCCUUCGCACUUGGCUUCGCAUUCCGGGUCCUCUAUUGGAACCAGAGCCCGUUUAGCAUAUGGCUUGAAAUUGGGUCUAUCCACUUCUCUCUUCUUGCUGGUCGUAUACUCUUCAAGGAUUUUGCCUACCACUCAAGCAACCAGACCAUCCGUAUAGUCAAGGGACAGAUAGAAUGGAGAUACUGGAUUCGCCGGCCAGCAUCGGAGAAUGAUAUUGCCCCAGCUCGGGUUUUGGACGACGCGAAGCAUGGCCGGUCUCCGUCCUGCCGCGUGCAAAUAUCGCUGCAGGGUGUCGAAUGGUUCUUGUACAACAGGACCGCUGCCUACGACUCAAUUGUUGCCCAGAUGGGAGCCAAGACAUCUCCCAGUCGUCCGGCUUCGCGAAACACUGACACUGGCGGCCGUCAGUCGUCAGCUCAGCAAGCUUUCGUCAAUUCUAUGCAGGUCCCGGCCGUUGUUCAGCGAGCAUGGCAAUGGAUACGACAGGAGCUGCCCACACUCGACCCGAAAGAUCUAUUACCGCUUGGAAUUGAGGUUACUAAAGGCGCCAUCAUUUGUGGCAACCCAUCCACUCCCAAUUUGCUUGUAGCGGAGUUCAAGCGGACCGAAGGAAUGUUUGGCAUCGUUCAGUCCCGCUCCAAGCAUGAUCUUUACAAGCAACUGCUCCACCUUACUUUCCAACAAGCCAUCGUUCGAUAUGUCCAGAAUGAGAACUACCGUGGGCCCAUGACCGUGACAGGCGAGCUCCUCCGGAAUCCGAUCAAAAAGUCCACUAAGCUAGAUCAAAUCUCGGCAUAUCUAUCUUACCAGGGGUUUGCGAAAGUGUGGCGUUCAUUGAGGCUCUACAAUCUCAUCAAGAAAUUCCCCACGAACGACGACCUGGCGAGUCACAGCGUCCCGCGGUCUCGUAGUCACGGAAAGCAUAAAAGCCUCGAUGAGGAAACACCCCUCGGCGCCGAUUUUACGACUUUCGAGUAUGCGAUCGAGCGCAAGAUUCUCGAGGCUCCUGUGGUAGAGUUGACCUACUAUACGGAUGCUGUUGGCGACGUUCCGCCGCUGCCGCAUACUAUGGACAUUGGGCCUGGAGACAUAGGGAAUGGAGACAUGGGUCCAGAGUGGGGCGUUGACCUCGUCAUCAGGAGUGGCAUUGUGCGAUAUGGCCCAUGGGCGGAUCGUCAGCGGGCUGAAUUGCAAAGAGCAUUUUUUCCUGCAACGUACCAGAAUGCUGAGCAAACUCCACGACUGAAACCUGGAGACAAACGCGUCUGGACGGCUCUUCAAGUUUUCGUGGAGUUGAGAGAUGAUACGACACUUUACAUUCCAUUCCGCGAGGCUUCAAAGAACUGGCAGUGGGACGGCAAGACAUCCAUGCAACGGCGAUCAAAGAAACGCGACCCAGCUUCUAUCCACGUGACCGUUGGCGAUCGCUCGUCCAUCAAUUACAUUCUGCCAAUGAUUGCUGGUCCUGCGGGCUAUGAAUCUGUCCUGGAAGUGCAUCUGGAUACAGUUGCAGUGACCUCGAGUCUGAACGACAUCCAACUUGUGUCUGCCGAAUCGUGUCGCAUUCGGGGUGACCUUCCCUCUCCCCUUGAAUGGAAUGCACUGCGAACAUGGAAAUUCGGCAUAUCUUUGCGCCUUCCCGUGCUAUACCUCCUUCGAGACCACAUCAACAUGUUUACCGAUCUGGCUAAAGAUUGGGCCUCAGGUCCGCCCAGUGACUACCACCGAUUCGUUCCAACCAAGUAUACCGUCGAGCUCGACCUUCACCAUUACGAACUGAACUUAUACGUUAACGACAAUAAUAUCAUCGAUAAGCCACUAAUCAAAGAGGAAAAUGCUUUACUUAUUGCCCGUGCCACCCGUUUGCGGAGCGUCGUCCACAUCCCAUCAGAUACCUUCAGACCCGAAUCAACGACGGUGCCAUUCUCCAUUGAAGUCCCCGACAUUGCCAUCAAUCUUUCCCUCCCUCGCUGGAACACGUGGGCUUUGCAUGCUCCUCCGGAUGGCAAUAGUAUCGGGAAAGCGCGAAUACUCAAAUUCGAUGGCUCCUAUCGAUACUUUGCUGAUGUCGCAGAGGGCCAUGUAGAACAGCUGAAGCUUGGUAUCACGGUCCGGGACAUUGCAUAUAAAGGGCUUGGAUGGUCUAUCCGACAUUUUAUGAUCCUUCAAACGAACUAUUUUGGCGCUUUCACGACCUUUUCAACGCUAUACGAAUACCUGGAAAAACGGAAACGGGGCAUCCAGGGUGACCCUGUCAUGCAGCAAUACCGAGAGGGACAGCGGAAUAUGCUCCAAGUCGAUCUAGACUUGGAUCUUCAGAAUGGUACGCUGGUCCUUCCAGCUGGAUUGCCUGGAUACGAGGAUUCCGCAACCCUCCGUGACCCUAACAACAACUCGGGAAAUAUCGGCUCAUGUCUCGUCGUUGAAAUUCCUGAACUCCAGGUCCAUUUCCGGUUACACGACUAUUAUAUGGAACUUUCGCUUAAUGUUGGUCCUCUCAUUGGGUGGAUUGACCCGCAUUUCCCGGAGAAGAUGAGCGAUGCACGCGUCCAUCGGCGGCCUAAAGAGAUCAUCGUUAUUGAAGGAAUUGACAUUACAGCAAAUCGACUGUUCGGGCCUAUGCCCCUCACUGUUACUUAUGUCUGCAUUUGGGAGAUUAAGCUUGGAUGUGUCAAGACUAUCCUUUCUGCGCACGACCUGGCAAUCGUGUCCGCUGCUAUCAAUUCCUUCUUGCUCAACUUUUCGGAUGUCUCAAACGCACCAGCAGCCGCAUAUCAACUGCCCAGCUACCCUGAUAUUACCUUCUUAAAGUUGUCGCUAGAGGGACUUGAAGUAACAUGGCGCCUUAAUCGUAGUGGGAUACACUUAUCUUUACCCCGCGGGCUGGCUGUGGAUAUCAAUGACGUAGGCGGCAAACAAUAUCGAAAGCUCACACGGCUCAGCGUGCCGUCGCUCCUCGUCAAGCUGCUCGUUCGGUCUUCUACAGCCGACCGGCGGUGGCUGGAGGCGGGCGGGCUGGAAACCGAUGUACAUUUGGAUCUCUAUGCCGCGCCUGUUGGCUGGAAGGAGAAAGCUGACGCGCAAACCGAAUUUGUCACAACGCAAGAUCAGUCGACAAGCAGAGCUAAACGAAUGCUCAGUAAUAUGAGCGACGCUGUGUCGUCUCACCGCAAAGGUGUCUAUCUUCCUCAGCCUCGACUGUCCCAUGCUCGGCAUUAUCAGAGCGACUCGAAACGACCAGUGGCUCACCAUGCACCUAAACCAUCUCAUUGGCACAAGCUGAACCACCUAUCGGAAUCUGAUGGAGGAGAAGACGCGUUGGACACUGAUAGAGAUGCCGCCCUUGCCAAGCGGAGGAGCACACCCAUCAUCCAUCAAAACGAUGGGGACCAAAUGAGCGGAGAUGAAUCAGACACAGAUGAUUUAGACCAAGAAACCUCUUCUGAUGACGAUUGGUCUGACUUGGAUGACCCAACCGAUCGUGCUCUGCCACACUUGAAGCAAUAUUCACGACUUUGUGGUCAAUACCUUGCUCUCUAUCUUGAGUCCCCAUCCAGAUGGGAGGGAUCGCCGUUUUCUGUUGUCAAGGUCAGUCCAGACACCAAUCUGAUCGUGUCGGCUGAUCCGUUCAAGCCGUUGACACAUCAUUCAAGUGCCGAAGCGGCUCCAUCAUCCCCUUUCACUGGAUCCGCACCUAUGAAAUUGGAUCCAGAGAAGGGUCGAUCGGUAUAUCGUGUUCUCUCAAAAAACGGCGUCGACGUACUCUUAACUCCGCUGGUGUCCGCAGUUUUAGAAAGCCUUGCAUCCGAUUUCGGCCAACUUAGAACUGGUCCUGAGCUGGUUGUCGAUGCCCUUCUGGAUAAUUAUAUGUCUAGCUUUGGCAAACAGAACAAAGUCAAGAGUAUCAGUCUGUUUGACGUGCAGCUAUCCCUCGUCCAAUUCCGUGUAUUACAUCACGUGACGGCGUUUGAUGGUAAUUCCCCAACGACAACGCGUGUGCCGACUAGUGGCAUUGCAUCUAUGGUAUUCUCCUCACGCGAUAUCCACAUACGAGGAUCUGGAACGACUUUUGAUGUGAAAAUUGGGAAUAUCGACCUCGAAUUGAGCGCAGCAAUACCAGACUUGGAGGACGCCCAUGACGUUGCUCGAAUAUCUUUGUCGGACACAGGCAUCAAUUUAUCAAAGGCACAUGUUGGUGCUGUUCUUGGUGCAACUACUUUGCAGAUCGGUCAUCGCAGUCUGGCAUAUAUGGCGCGAACUGGCAGCGCGGUUGCGACCACCGUGCAAGAUCUCGUCGUAACUGCAAAAAGAUGGCAAAAACACCGAUCUACUGUGACGUACAAUGUCGUGCACUCCAUACUCAAUGCUUCUCGCACCUCUUCCGUUGUGGAUCCACUUUUAGCCAUCCAACCUUCCUUCCUUGUUCAGACUGGUCUGCCUCAGGCACUUCGUCUAGAUGCAGGCUUUCGCUUCAUCUUCCAUUUGCGCAAUUGUCUGUGGGAGAUGCUGCCCAACAGUUUCUCUCUGUCGAACUCCAAUGUCUCCGAGUUGGAGGAGCUCUUGAAGGCUCGCCUUGCCACCCUAGAUGUGGACACCUUGCAUGAGGACCCCAUUACUUCAUUAUAUUCCCUUUUUCCCAAACUCAAGUCAGUUCCGGAGGAGUCGCCGCUUCCAUCAUAUCCGACUGUUUCAGCCUCGUUCGAACUCACCAGAUUUGCUCUCGUUCUCCAAGACCCAUUGGGCGGUCUUGCCAGCGAAUUUGGUCUGACUGAUGUGGUCCUGCGAAUGCAUCUGAAGACCGCAGACUUUUCCGAGGCUGCUCAUGGGUAUUCGUUGAUGGGCAUAUCUCAGGUGUCGCUCGGUCAUCCUGCGCGUUCUCUUCAUCAGCACGUUGCGCUUUCCUUGUCGACAAGCGGCAUUCAUGUUGCCAUUUCGCCCCGGUUGAUGCCUUUCGCUCAAGAGAUCUUGCGGGUUCAGCGGAAACACUUCUCGAAUGUUGGGAACAGUAGUCGCAGGACGAAGACUCGGUCGAAAGAGUCAUCGUCGAGGACCAUCACAUUCACUGCCAGUAUGGACCACAUACAGAUUCAGGCGGCGGCUGAGAAUCUCACGUUUGAAUUUGGUCUUGCAGGCUUGCGAGUGGCAUCAACUUUGCUCACCCGGAGUAAUAAUUCUUUGCCACAGUCCAUCAAUAUCUCCACAAGUUUCAAGCAACUUUUCGUGCGAGCACGCUCUCCCACAGAUCCAUCUGUGCGGACGCUACAGGACAUAUUAGCCUCCAUCACACUCUCGGCUUGCAAAACCAACACCCUCGUGGGUUAUGAGGCAACUGCAGCGUCCCAAAUUCGUGUUGUCUUUGAUAUCGGGGACUUCCAUUUCAAUGUCCCACGUAGUGCUCUUCGGCUGUACCGGUUUGUCCAAGAAUGGCGAGCGGAUUACUUGCCUGGGAUUGAGGCAACAAUCAAAGACCUGGUCGCUGAGAUGCAGCGAGCGCCAAUGAAACCAUUAUCACCUACUCCCUCGCGGGUCACGCAACGCGCACCGAGUGUCCAAAUCAACGGUCAUGUGAAUUCAUUUGGCGUUUCUCUGCAAGUAAUGCAUGGCACCUGGCUGUCCUGGAGAGUAUUCGAUAUCAUCGCGUUCUUGAACUCUGCAAGCGGAUUGAAGACCUCUUUUGGGCUGCGAUUUGGCUCGCAGGUGUUCAGCAUCACUUCCAAGUCGAAUACAUUUGACGUUGCUCGCGAUACCAAGCUCAAAGUUCAAUUCCCAUCGGUCACUUUAUCUGGGGAAAACAAUGGCCUGCAGCUCCACACCACCGUGCUCGUCGACUUCUUGGAGUUUAAGGUCAAGCCGGCCCAUUGGGACACGCUACUUGCGGUGCAGCAGAAAUUCGGGCAGGACUUUAAUGACCUUGUUAAGCUGGUCCAGGAAACUCGAGCGGCGAGACCGGCCCCCAAGCUGACCAAGCAGGCCCCGGUGGUCCAGUCUUCCUUGAAGUAUUCCGGCUUCUUGAAGAUGCGAGGGUUCCGGAUUGGCCUCGAAGGCCUUUCGUCCACAUUUUUCCUCGAAUGCUUUGAUAUUGGAGGGAGUAUCGACAACCUGUCUCGCCGAACCUGGUCGGUGACGCUCACUGACUUGGCCUUGUCACUGGCCCCCAGGGCCGUUGCAGAGCCUCGAAACGCCACUUUCAACCGACAGCGCAGAUCAGCCUUUGUCAUUGUUGAUCUGGAGGUCAAGGGCGGUGAGAGCGGUGCAGAUGAGGAUGUGGAAAAUGUUCUCCAGACGACAAUCACAAAAAUUCAUGCAGUCAUGCAGCCCAGUUCUAUUGGCGAGGUUGGCGACUUCGUUGAUCAUAUACAGGCAGAAAUGUGGGACCGCAAAGAGCAGCGAGCCGUCGAACUCGCUGCGUUCAAGGAGAAGGCUCAGAGUAUUCUGAAAACCUUUGAAGUCGACGUCAAGGACGAUCAGGAAAAGGAGACGUCCACAUGGCUCAAGUCUUAUUACAUCAACCUGUCAAUACACAACAUUGGUGUCGCAUUCCCACUCAUUCACGACCCUACCCUCGAACUCCCACAAUCAGGCUCUGGAGAUACGAGUGCAGUGAGAGCAUUCUUAUUCUCGAUCAAGAGCAUCAAAUUCGGGACACGUCGCGGCGAGUCUGGCGAAGCCAAGAUGCAGGACUUGUCUUUCCAGUUUGUAUCUCGAUUCCGGCAGUCGGUUGCUGCAGAUUUCUCUGGCCAAAACCAUCAAACCCGUAAUCGUCUGAUUUAUCCUGAAAUGACUGCCCAGCUUCGGUCUGCUGGACUUGUCUCUGCUCGCAACAUUUGGAUGCGUGCCACAGUUAGCGGAUUUAUCUUGGAUCUGGACUCAAGCAUCCCCGAUUAUAUUUUUUCGAUCAUUGACGUGUAUGAGCAAGGCAAAGAGCGAGUGACCAGGUUGAGUGCAAGUUUGCCACGUGCUACGACUCCAUCUGUGACUCCCGCUGCUCAACAAUACCCUGCGCUUCCGACAUCGAAUGUUUUCGCGUCACUCGUGUUUUUGAGCGGCAAAGUACGCGCCUACAACAGGGCUGCUUCUGAAGUAUCCAUCGCAACCUCGUCAUCCUACAUCAACGGUCAACCCACCGACGCACAAGUCAUCAACAUGGGCGCAGAUGUCUUCAAUUUGCCGGUUGUCUCGGUGUGGGCAGAGUACCGUGCCACACCAGCCUCACAAAAAGUGGGAAACAAUUCGGACUCUGAGCCGUCCAUCUUGGUCUUCAAGAGCACUGUCCAUUCCAGCCAAAACACUCUCCGACCGACGACAUUGCUUCCAUUCUUGACGGAACUGGUCAGCCGCAUUGAAACACGCAUGCGCCAGGCUAGCAGACGAUCAGGCGUAGUCCUUCCUGAGACCUUUGAUAUAUCAACUCCCAGUGUUCAAACGAAACAACUCGAACUCCCAGUUAAGAAGCCAACAACCGAGGUCGCGAUACAACCACAGCAACGCUUCCAAAUGGUUUUCAGCUUGCGGAUAGACCAGUCGAAACUCGAGCUGACUUGCCAGCCUGAUGUCAAUGUUAUUGCUGGACUGCAUUGGGACAGCGGGGGAUUCGUUCUCCAUGUUUCGCCCUGGGAGCGUAAGGUGACUUUUACAGGAAGUGUUGGCGGGCUCAAUGUUGGGCUGAAACAUGGAUUCUUGAGCGAAGAAUGCGCCAAAUUGGACAUGCGGAAUUUGACCUUCUCUGUAACAUUUGCCAAAACUGCAAUUUCUCCCGGCAAGUCGGUCAGCUCUGUCUCCCUUGUACUCGACACGGAAAUUCUCGGCGCCGUCAGAUUCUCCCGAUUGCAGGAUAUUUUAUGUUUCAAGGCCGUGUGGUUAGAUCGAAUUCCCAUCUUCAAUUCGAGCGCCGCAGUCGACACACAAUCAGUAUCCAAAUCUGUGGCCGACAGUAUCCCGCAAACAGCAGUGGCCCAUGAAUUCACCACUCUGUUGUUGAUUCGCAUACGACAAAUCAGUCUUGAAGUUGACCUUGGCCAAUCCAUCAGUUCGAUAACCUUGGACCUCCGAGAAGCGAUGGCGCAGACUAAAAUCACGGAGGAGCUCAACGAUGUCCUACUUUCAGUCUCCGAUGUUUCCAUUGGCGCGAGAGGCAACCUGUCUGGUCACGCCAGCGUUGCAAAUUGUAUCUUCCAGACAACUCGAAGGACCCCAACAAGUAGUGACGCAGGUUACAACCGUAUGCUGGAGCUGAGAAUGACAUCUGAUGCUCUUGUCGCGGUUCUGGAGUCAGACCACCAAAAACUGCUCUUCUAUCGAGCCGAACCCAUCGAAGUUGAUAUCUAUGAUGACUGGUCCGGUCUCUCAACAGAAGCAGGUUCUACGGAUCGGGUGGUUCGCUUGCUUGCGUCAGUUGCCAGCCCUGAAGUUGUCGCUGUUGUGACUGUUGGCACCAUUCCCAAAUUGCUUUCAUACGGGAACAAGUUCAAGGCAAAUCUAGAAGCCCAACGCGAAGGGGCAAGUCGAGAGUCAAAGACAUUCCAUCUCAGUCGAACCCCAAAUCCAGACAAUCCGUUGUCGGCUGUUGCGGAAGCCAUGCUCGUGUCUGCCAAAAGUCGAUUCAAAGAGGCGGAUGCGGGGCUUUCUUAUGUCGUGAAGCAGCGUCUCAGCCUUCGACUGGGCACUUUGCGUCUGGUCGUUUUCCCACGGACAGUAGGUGACCUGGAAAUGGCGCAGUUCAUUGGCAAUGAUGUUGGUGCGCAACUUGAGCGUUUGGUCAAGUCGGAUGCAUCGCCCCAUCGUGACCUCAAACUGUCUUUCUCGUACAUGUCGAUUUCGCGGCUUACUCAGUUGGGGCAUCUUGCUCCCCCGACCAUCGCGACUGUGGGAGCAGAAUGGAUGGCGCCUCUAGUUAAAGACGCCAGCGAGGCCAUUAUCGUGGGGCUGCCUUCGAUGGAAAUACACAUGAUCAGCGAAGAGAAAACAGAGGCCAUUUCAACUCGCGCUCUUGACUACGACUUCGACAGCCGAUUCAACAGACGCGGUGCUCAGAACUUUGAGGACAUCUACAUCUCGCUGAACGUGUCACUAUAUUCCUGGCUGACCCUCUUGCGAAAGAACUUGUCGCGGGAGAUGGAUCAAGUCAAAGCGACUGCUGAAUGGCGCACAACGGUUGCUUCAGCGGCCCCAACUGGUACUCGUCGCAAGAUGGCGGAAAUCCAGAGCGAACUGGCGAAACCCACUCGGGCACCAGUCAAGUCUGCGACUCUCGCACACCCUCCAAGCGACAAUUCAGCAAUGCUUUCACAAGACACUAAUGACCCAUCAAGUUCAACUGAAAAGGCUGGACUUGUCUAUCGACCAAGGCGGCGACAAAUCGAGAGACUGACAAUGCGACAACUGGGAGAGGCCACACCUGAUGUGAUGCAUCCGUUUUUCAUGAAGAAGGCGGGAUUCAAUCUUGAAGACUCGUUCCCGCAAUACGUCAACGAAUAUGCGACUGGCCCGAUGGAAGAGAUCAUGGAAAGUCUGCUCAAACUGUACACGCGACAAUUGCUGGCGGGGAGUCGUGGUGGUGGUUAA